GAGAGUUAGUAAUGAGGGUGGGGUGUUUGGUCGAGGGGGUUAAACCGGCUCGUGCGUGCAAGAGAGAAGAGCCGACGAACACGGCGGCAGCACAGCACAGCCAGCACAGCAGUGUACAGCACCGCGCCGCACGUCGCUGUUGCUGCUGCUGCUGCAACACGCCCGCACGGAGCUGCUGGCUUCUCUCCCUGCAACCUGCUCCGUCUGCCCAGUCGCCUGCUGCUGCAACAGCUGCUGCUACUGUCGUGUUCUCUCUCUCUCCCGCUCGCACGCGCGCGCGUUGGCCUGCUGACGACGGCGCUGUGUCGGGGACUGCGUUACUAACCUGCGUGUGCACAACGGUAUGGUGGCGGUCACCUGAACACAGGGUGGGGUUGGUGGGGGUAGGGUUGUGAAUACGCACACCAUCACGCACGCAUGCAUGCACAUCCCCCACCCCCACCAACACACACUGUCAGCACGUGCGUGGCAGCCCAAGCGGUUUAGCUAGUCGUGACUUGCAUCCCUCCAUCGCAUACGUAGUACAUCAACCCUCGUCUGUGUUGCUGCAUCGCCUGCUGCUUGCUGCUGCUGCUGCUGCUGCCGUGUACCGCAAGCGUCAGUGAGACUGACUAGGCAAAUCCUUACUAAAUGUACGCUGGCUGGCUGGCUGGCUCAGCUGCCCUUGUGUUUCGUUUCUUCGUCGUCGUGCUAGCAGCCUGGCAUACUACCCGUUCGUUGAAGGAGUUCUCAACAUCCCUGCCCUCCCUAACCCCCGCAACAACACAUCGUCGACGGCGGCAUUCUGGAUGUGUGUGUGUAUGUGUGUGUGCGCGCGCGCGGCGCGGAUGUGUGUGUGUGUCGUCGCUUCUUCAUCGUCUGACGAAGCCGGGGUCUUCUGUCGUGCUGAUGCCCUUCCACGGCCUGGGGUCAAGGUCGCGGCAACGAUUGGCGUGGCGGCCAUCUAGCUUCGGGAGUGUCACGUUCGAAGCAGUGCCCACGGUGUGAAGCUUUUUCUUUUUUUUUUUUCCAAUCGCCAUCCAUCCCCCAACCCUCGUGUUGGCGGUGGGAGGGGGUUCACGUGCACACACGAGUGGCCAGUGCGUGUGUCGGUACCCUCCCCUUCCCCCCCAACCACCAAAAGUGUCUCCGCUUCACUGGAGGAGGAACCCAGCCUGCUUGUGGAUGCACCAUGUAGUGUGUUUCCACGACUGUCGUCGAUGUGUUAGCCAGCUCGUCGAUCGUUCUGCUACUGUCAGUAGCUAGGUGAGACCUCCCACCCGUGUUUUCUUCCCUGUGCACCUGGUCUUUCACGCAAUCUUCGGUCGUCGUCGUCGUGGUGGUAGUGUCAUCAUCGACUGACUUUUGUCUGGCGACACGUGACCAGUCCAGCAAUACUAGUCGCCGGUGGUGUUGUAUGGAUCGUGUUGUGUGUCACCACCAGCAAGGUUCAGCCACCCUGCACUCAUCUUUCGCUGUGAUUCGGAAUUACAACCUGAGCACCGACCCGGAGCAAGCUUCGUACAUUACACACACAGCAGCAUCAUCCUCCCAUUUCCGCUCAGGCCAUGAUCAACAAGGGAGGAGCAUGUAUGUUUGCCCACAGCUGAACGAGUGAGUCGCAAAAGUCUGGCGGCGGUUUGAGUGCCCCCCCCAAUCAGCUUCACUCAGUCGCCAGAACCUGAUACCAAAGGAAUAGUAAGCCGGGUAGCUCACAGGUAGGGAUUUGCUUCCAGACUUUCGGAGUGCGUAGGGGUCACCUUGCACAGCGCGAGACUGCAGCCGCGAGAGGGAGGAGACUGUUGACGUCAAGGAGAAAACAAGCCGAAGAUCGAGGAAAAAAAAAUUUUCACCGAGAGCAGCUAGAAAAAAUUUACUAAUAAUCUCCCGAUCCGUUGCUGUCAGAUCCAGCUUGGUGCACGACUUUCUUGUAGACUUGUCUGCUGUUGGAAAGUUUUUCUGUUCAUUUUUUUUUUCAAUUGCCGUACCGACAUGACGUCACGACAGCACGUGACUCAAAGGGCGCCGUGAGUAAGACGCGUCGUGAUCGUGGUCGUCGUCGCCGUCGCCGCCUCCAGACCGGAAGUGGAAGACGUUACGGCCACAAGGCUUGGCGUCGUCAGGUUGCUUGGUGGACAGGACACGCGCGCCAUCACGAGGACAAGGGGCACGCGGGGGCCAAGGCCAAGGCCGUUCAUCUCCUGCACGGUGAGCUGGGAAAUGCUGGAGAAGAGCCUCGUAGCGCGUGAGCGGUUGUCAUGACGACGGGCGGAGGGCGUUUCGAUUUCGACGAUGGCGGAACAUACUGUGGAGGGUGGGAGGACGGAAAGGCCCAUGGCCACGGUGUGUGCACUGGCCCCAAAGGGCAAGGCGAGUACGCCGGCGCCUGGCAGUACGGCUUUGAAGUGUCUGGAGUGUACACCUGGCCGUCAGGUAACGCCUACAAGGGCCAGUGGUUCCAGGGCAAGCGUCACGGGCUGGGCGUGGAGACCAAGGGACGCUGGUUGUACCGCGGAGAGUGGACACAGGGCUUCAAGGGACGCUAUGGAGUGCGCCAGUCCACCACUUCCGGUGCACGCUACGAGGGCACGUGGACUACGGGGCUGCAAGAUGGCUACGGCUGCGAGAGCUACGCUGACGGAGGAUACGGAGGCUCGGAGGGGUCAGCUGGAGGCACUUACCAAGGCCAAUGGUACCGAGGUACCCGGCAUGGCUACGGGGUGCGCCAGAGCGUGCCGUACGGCCUGGCCUCCCACUACCGGCCCAAGGCCAUGCGCGCCUCUCUGACGUCAUUACGCAGCGAGAACGAGGACGAGAUGGUGGUGAAGAACCGCGACAAGAAACUGGACGAGAGCCGCGGAGGGUUCGUGUUGAAGGCCCGCAGCGACGAGACCCCCCCGCAGCGCCGCCGCUCCAUCUUCGACAAGCAAGGCCGCUCCAGCCUGCGCAAGAACAUCCUCGUCACCCUCAAGCUGAAGAAGCAGAAGUCGACGGGCGACAUCAACGACUCGCCCAAGCGGCAAACAGGGUCCGUGCGCUCCACCAUCUCCAACAUCUCCCACGCCUCGGCCGACUCCACGCAGUCGGGGUUGACGUCGGCGUCUAUGUACACGGACUCGAACCUCAGCUUCGUGUCGCAGGAUGACAUCACGGACGUCAACGUGACGGAGACGUACAUGGGCGAGUGGAAGAACGACAAGCGGUCCGGCUUCGGCAUCAGCGAACGCUCGGACGGCCUGAAGUACGAGGGCGAGUGGUACAACAACCGCAAAUACGGCUACGGGGUCACGACCUUCAAGGACGGCAGCAAAGAGGAGGGCAAGUACAAGAACAACGUCAUCAUCUCGUCCGGCAAGAAGAACAAGCUCUUUCUCAUCCGGACCUCCAAACUGCGCGAGCGGGUGGACAACGCCGUGCUGGCCGCCCAGAGAGCCGCCCAGAUCGCGCUGCAGAAGGCGGACAUCGCCAUCACCCGAAUGGCAAACGCGCGUGCGAAGGCGGAGCAGGCUGACCUGGCGGCGGAGAAGGCGCAGCAGGACAGUGACGUGGCGCGACUCAAGGCCAAGGAGUACGCCCCGGAGUUUCACCAACCAGGUACGGACAUUAUCAAAAAGCAUCUGGCCGAACAAGAAGGAAACUAUGACUUUAGCCACCUAACAGGGCUGACAGCCAAUCAUGCCCCCUUCCGGUCCAAAUCUCUUCCACAGCAUCAGGUGCACCAUGACCCCAUGGCGUACGACCCACAGUAUGCAUCCAUGACCUCCAACCCCAACCAGCCGGCCUCUCCUUCGCGAUCCAACGACUACAGCCACGUCAACGCGGGUGGAGGCUUCGGGUUGGGGUCAAGUUUAGGGCAGCACAAUGCCCUUCCUGGGAACGACUUAGGAGGCAGUGGUGGUGGCGGGAUGAGGGCGCAGCAGACCAAUCAGCAAAUAGCCACCAGCGGCCACAACCGUUCGCCCUCGCUCAAGGUUCGACGCUACUCUUUUCUAGCUGGCUCGCGCCGAGGCCGGGGCUUCUCGGAAAUCUUCAACUCCACCAUUCUCUCUGACCACUUUGCCCAGUACACCAACGACCGCGACGACUCGGGGCUGGGCCGUGACGUGCUCGACGACGUCGACGGUUCCACUCCUACCAGCACCAUCAGCAAUCAUCUGCACGCGCGGCGAAGUGUGGGAGGCAACCCACACGGCAAGGACACCUCUCCGGACUCUGGGGUGUCGGAGUCCAUGGAGGACAACUCCAAGUUGCGCUCCCUGUCGCGCCGUCGCACCCUGCCUUGCAUCGUGGAUGGCCAGGGAGGAGGGGCAUCGGGACACGCCAAGGCAGUGGGGCACGUGGCGAAGGAGCAGACGACGGCGCAUUCCAGCGAGGAUCUGGCGGCCCGCGCCGUCAACCCCGACACCUACAUCAUCGAGAACGGCAUCCGCAAGCGCGUGCGCGCUGAGGUGCACCAGGUGCAGGCGGACAAAGCCAUGCCGCCGCGGCUGCCGCGGGAAUUUCGCAUCGACAACAGCUCCCCGACGCGAGAGGCGCGCGCGCGGGGCAGCUUACCCGACCUGAAGAACGUGACGGGUGUCAAGCCUAUGUCGCGGGUGGAGGCAUACCGCCUCAGUACCGAGCGACGGGAAGAGUUACGCCGCUUACAGGACCUGGCGGAGAGAAGACGCCACGGGGACGUGGGGGUCAUACUGGGCGACGUCAAGGACUGGUGCCAAGAACGGCAACUCCUGGUGCUGGUGAUCGCGGUCAACUUGAGCCUGGCCACCAUGUUUUUCCAUCUCUUAUCGUGAGCUGCGCCCCUCCGCUCUCUCACUCUCUCUCAAGGUCGUGCUGCCCACCUGUCGCCCGAGGGGCCCGUGAUGUGCAGUGUCCUCCCGCCCUGUGUCUGGCCUCGUGAGUGGUCUGCCCAGCGACC